CACAGCCGCAUGCUCAGUCUGAUGCCAGGCUGCUGUUCAUUCAGGAUACUACCAACAUUCACUGCAUCACUUUAAAUUGUAGGCUUUGAAUUUUGAGUUCAGCUCUUUACUGCAGGUGAUGAAGAGUUUCCACUGCUGUUACUUCAACUCUGGAGCUGCAGGAAUGCUGUCAGCGAGAGAGAGAGACAGAGAGAGCAUUUAGCCAGGAUCUUCCAUGGUUAGAAUGAAUGAUUGACUAUUUGGCUCAGUGUGUCUUUUGUUGCAUGGAUGUAUGGAUUUACUGGCUUUUUUGGAUGAUUUUGAAACAUACCUGUACACAAUUAGGAGGCAGUUGGAAUGCUUUACUAUUAAUGGAACGAACUAAUUUUUUCUCUCUCCAGCCUAUUUGAAUGCUACAGCUCUAAUGACAGCAGCAGUGGAGAGUCAUAACCACUCCAGCUGCUGCACAGAACACAGCCUGACAUGGAGAUAACCUGGUAAUGUAGUUUGAAGAAAUCAACCCUGGUGUAAAAGCUCUGUCUGGUCAGGAUCCACACAGAGCAUUAGAGCAGACUGAAAGUUAGCGAGGAGCUGUAAUGUGCUGCGCGCACUCUCAUCAGAGCUGCCCAUGUGGUGUUUCAGACUCUUAGGCUCAAGCGAGUGAAGUCUGGAGCCAUGAAGCUGCCGUGCUGGUUAGAGGAAGGGAGACUCUCUGUAAUCCCUUUGCUGCUCCUUCUGCUCUGCUGUCCUUCGGUUUCUAUCCACCCCAGAUCCUCUCAUCCCCACGAGUCACAUAAACACAUGCAAAAACAGGAAAACAUUACACUGGCAGUUAUUCUGCCUAAGGACAAUACCUCAUACCCAUGGGCCUGGCCACGUGUCGGACCUGCCCUGCUGAGUGCUAUUGCGCUCAUCAACGCAGACUCUUCGCUCCUGCCCGGGUACAGACUGCGUCAUGUUUUUAAUAACAGUGAGAAUGCAGACGGUAUUUGCUCAGAGUCUGUUGCUCCACUAAUGGCUGUGGACCUGAAGUUCACUUAUGAGCCAUGGGCUUUCAUCGGCCCAGGCUGUGACUACACAGCAUCUCCAGUGGGCCUCUUCACCACACACUGGGGGCUACCCAUGAUCACAGCAGGAGCACCAGCAGUAGGUUUCCUUCUCCAUGCUGGGGUCUACACCUCUCUUACUAACACAGGCCCUACGCACAAAAAGCUGGGCGAGUUUGGCCUUCAAGUGUGCAGACACUUUGGCUGGAUCCACCAUGCCCUGUUGAUGUUUGGAGACAGCAAAAUGAGUGAGCGCGAGUGCUAUUUUGCCAUCGAGGGUCUUUACAUGGAAAUGCAUGAAGCCAACAUCAACACUGUGGACUUUGUGUUUGAAGAGGACAGCAGACCCAUCAACUACUCUGACCAUCUGAAUAAGAUAAAAGAAGAGGGAAGAGUGGUGUUUGUUUGCUGUAUUCCGGAUAUCUUUCGACAGCUAAUGGUGAACUUCCGUAAAGCAGACCUUCCUCACGAGCAGUUUGUCUUUAUCUACAUUGAUGUCUUUGGACGCACCGUUUCAUCACAACCCGCUCGGCCCUGGGCCAGAGGAGACGCUGACGAUGAACUUGCAAAAGAAGCAUACCAGAGUGUAAAAAUCCUGACAUACAGAGAACCACAGAAUCCAGAGUAUAAAGACUUUGUCGCUGAUCUGAAAGCAAAUGCUAAGAAGAUGUUCAACUUCACACUGGAGGAUUCUCUGAUGAACAUUAUACCUGGAGGCUUCUAUGAUGGCCUAAUGCUGUAUGCUCAUGCCCUGAAUGAGAGUUUAGCAGACAGUCAGGGCCGACUGUCAAGAGAAGGUGUGACCAAAAGGAUGUGGAAUCGAACAUAUUAUGGUGUGACUGGACUUGUGCAGAUAGAUGAAAAAGGAGACAGAGAGACUGACUUUGCUUUAUGGGACAUGACUGAUACCAACUCCAGCAUCUUUGAGAUUGUGGCUGUAUAUAAUGGUACAAAGAAACAGAUGGAGAUGCUGCCUGGCAUGGCCUUCCAUUGGCCAGGAGGCAGCAUUCCUCCUGACCUGCCUUUCUGUGGUUUCAAGAAUGAUAACCCUGUCUGUAUAACACGGACCAUCACAGUGCACCAGAUGGUGUCAAUUGUUGUGUUCUUCAUCCUCGUCAUGAUCUUUACUGUCACUAUCUUUAUAUAUAGGAAACUGAAGUUGGAGAAAGAGCUGGCUGCUCAGCUCUGGAGGAUAUUCUGGGAGGAUUUGCACAUGAGCAAUCUGGAGAAGGUGCUGCGCAGUGCGGGCAGCAAACUGACCCUCUCUCUGCGAGGAUCAAACUAUGGCUCUCUGCCGACUGCAGAUGACAACUUCCAGAUGUUUGCUAAGACUGCCUACUUUAAGGGAAACAUUGUGGCUAUCAAAUACAUCAACAGGAAGCGCAUCGAACUCACCAGGAAAGUGCUGUUUGAGCUGAAGCAUAUGCGGGAUGUCCAGAACGAUCAUCUGACUCGUUUCAUUGGGGCGUGCAUUGAUCCUCCCAACAUCUGCAUAGUUACAGAGUACUGCCUGCGAGGCAGUCUGCAGGAUAUUCUGGAAAAUGAGAGCAUCACACUCGACUGGAUGUUUAAAUACUCUCUGAUCAAUGACAUUGUAAAGGGUAUGGCCUUCCUCCAUAACAGUGUGAUUGUAUCCCAUGGUAAUUUGAAGUCCUCAAACUGUGUGGUGGAUAACCGCUUUGUGCUGAAGAUCACUGACUAUGGGCUGUCAAGCUUCAGGACUGAAUCCAGUAAUGACGAUGUUCACUCCUACUAUGCACGAAAGUUGUGGAUGGCUCCAGAGCUGUUGAGGAUGGGCAGCCCUCCUGCAGGUGGCUCACAGAAAGGAGAUGUCUACAGCUUUGGCAUCAUUCUGCAGGAGGUAGCACUGCGCCAAGGCGUCUUCUACAUAGAGGAAGAGACACUCAGCCCUAAAGAGAUAGUGGACCGUGUGGCUCAAGGUGAGUGGCCGUACCUACGGCCAGCUGUUAACACCCAGUCACAUGGUGAGGAAUUGGGGCUCUUGAUGCAGCGCUGCUGGGCAGAGGAGCCUGCAGAGAGGCCAGAGUUCAGCCACAUUAAAGUACUUCUACGCAAACAAAACAGGGAGCACAGCAGGGAUAUCCUGGAUAACUUGCUGUCUCGGAUGGAGCAGUAUGCUAACAAUCUGGAGGAGCUGGUGGAGGAGAGGACGCAGGCUUAUCUGGAAGAGAAACGCAAGGCAGAAGCCCUACUUUACCAGAUCCUGCCUCACUCAGUGGCAGAGCAGCUGAAGAGGGGGGAGACUGUGCAAGCUGAGGCUUUCGACUCAGUCACCAUCUACUUUAGUGAUAUUGUGGGUUUUACUGCCCUGUCUGCUGAAAUCACACCGAUGCAGGUUGUGACUCUGCUAAAUGAUCUCUACACUUGUUUUGAUGCCAUUAUUGACAACUUUGAUGUUUACAAGGUGGAGACAAUCGGUGACGCCUACAUGGUUGUUUCUGGUCUACCAGUGCGUAAUGGGAAGAUGCACGCAUGUGAGAUCGCCCGCAUGUCCCUUGCUCUGCUCGAGGCUGUCAAAACAUUUAAGAUUCGUCACCGACCUGACCAGCAGCUCAAACUGCGCAUCGGCAUCCACAGUGGCCCUGUAUGUGCUGGUGUAGUAGGGCUAAAGAUGCCUCGGUACUGUCUAUUUGGAGACACAGUGAACACAUCAUCAAGGAUGGAGUCCAACGGCGAGCCCUUGAAGAUCCAUGUGUCAUCGGCCACACAUGAUGUGCUGCAAGAAUUUAACUGUUUCCAGUUGGAGCUAAGAGGAGAUGUGGAAAUGAAAGGCAAGGGCAAAAUGAGGACCUACUGGCUUUUGGGAGAGACAAAGAGCAGUGAAUAAAUGGAGUCAGGUGCUGGGUAGGAUGCAGACGGUGCUAGUUAACCCCUGCUGCCAGAACGUCUGCCUUCUGUUUGCACAGCCCUUUCCCUGUAUUCCAAUAGACAGCACUAUUGGAGUUGAACUCUGGCUUUUCUAUUGAUGAAGGAUCUAAAAUAUUUUCUACACUGUGAUCACCGCUUGUUGAUAUUUUGCUUUUAUAAAUGAAACAUGUAUGCCUUUAAGAUCCUGAGUGAACAUGUAAUGCCAUUAAACACAUCUAGUAGUUAACCUGUAUAUGUUUCUCAACAUUCUCAUGCUUUAUGGGGAUGGGCACCACGUGAGACUGUUGACUGAUAUUAUUGUAAUUUACAGGAUAGAAUGUCUUCAUAGGAUUUUGUAUUAAUUCAACUUUGUAAUGUAAAAAUAGUGAUCAUUCAUACUAGUAUAUAAUUUAUUUCACAGGAAUGACAUCUGUAUUUUCUUACAUAAUGUACAGUGGUUAUUUUCUGUGAUGGAUAACAGCUGAGGUUUGCAGCUAGCUGUUAAGACUUUGCUUUUUUUUUGGUUAUUUUUGCACAGUAAAUAUCCAAAUGAAUUCCAAAUAUCUCAA